AUGAGUGCUACUUCUAAAAGGAUAAAAUUUGUAUCUAUAUCUUUACCUAUUUUGUAUGGUAACCAUGCAUACAAACUCACACCAGAAAUGCGAAAACCAACUACACCACCAGAUCAUACUCAUGAAUGGACAGUCUUUUUCAAACCUGUUUUGGGCGAUAUAGAUUUGACACCAUUAAUAAAGAAGGUCACAUUUAAGCUACAUGAAACCUAUGAGAAUCCUGUUCGUACGGUAGAACACCCACCCUAUCAAGUUACAGAGACUGGAUGGGGUGAAUUUGAAAUCAUUAUAAAACUACAUUUCCAACCCGGAGUAGACUUGGGUAUCAAUGAGAAAAACUUUCAGAUUUUCCAUGCUUUGAAGUUACAUCCUUAUAAUCCACAACAACCACGUCGUGAAAAUGGGGAAGUUCAUUCGAUCUUGUAUGAUGAGUUGGUGUUUAAUGAACCUACCGAGAAGGCGUUUGAAAUCUUGACUAGAAAACCGAUUAAUCUUAUACCGUAUGAGUUAUCCGAUCCUGAUAAAAGAGAUCAAGAAUAUAUAAGACCUGAUGAAACUGAUGAGUUAAGUCGGUUGGAUGUUUAUAUACAUAAGAUAAAAGAGGAGAUAGAGAACCAAGUGGGCCAGUAUAAGGAAUUGGAGCAACAGAAACUUGCUUUGACUCAGUAG